AUGUCGCACAUCCCAGGCAGCCCUUUUGUGAUCUGGGCCGCCAGUAGCCCUUCGCCCCAGCAACACGUCAUUCUCCUCUCGGUCACUGAUUCCAUCUGUACUUACACCAACCCACUGUCUUCGCUCCACCCGGCCGACUUGGCACCCAGUUUGGCACACGAAGUUCCACACGGCUCGUCUACAGACGCCCUCGCAGAGGCCAGCCUCCAAAUGCCGCCCGACCUGACUCAGCUGCCCGCCCUUCUCACGAUGCCGCUGACCGCCGGUCUUCGGGCUCCUGUCGCCACCGUCUCCACGCCAGGCCCUGGCGACCGUCAGGACAGUCUGUCUCCUCGGCCCGUCCACCAGCUGGGCUCUGUGUCGGCCCGACUGCUGCCGCUCGACGGCCUCCUUCUGCCCGGCCCGUCCGGCGAUACCGUCAGCCUGCCUCCGCUCACACUCGCCACCGACGACCUGCCCGCCUGGAAGGCAGAGGCCCGCUUCGACUGGGCCACAAUGACUCGACUGGCCGAGCGACGGUGUUCACUGGAGCGCAGCGCCUACCGCGGCUGCCUCCUCUGGCCCGGUCACCGGCUCAUGCUGCUGGUCGACUGUUUGCCGGCCUGUCAGCUGCUGCGCCAUCAACUCUGCGAAGUUAGCAACGGCCACGGCGACAGCUACGGCUACGACGGCGCUAACUGGGCUGUUUCCGCCGACUUGCAGGCGAGGGGCCGCGACUUGCUCGCCCUCCUCGACGCCGGGGCUCCGGUCAAUCGGCGCCGGGUCAAGUCGAAAUGGGUCUCAGUCGACCCAGCCUUCGAGUCCCGGCAGGCCCGACCGCUCGUGCUGACAGCCGGUUGCCGAUGCCUGCACUCCGUCCCGUCGGGCGCCCACACUGCGGGCUCGACGAGCCCGAGGCCGGCUGACCCCACAACUGGGCCUAAUUCUGCGGGUCCGAACGAAGCUCAACGCGUCACCGUGCAGGUUACCUGUAUUAAGUGUGUUUAUAUGACAGCGGCUGCUAGAUUUCCCACUCGCAUUUGCACAGUCUAUCUUCUCCAUGGCAGCCUACUCUAA